CUCAAUUCAUUUUCUGCAAUUUAUUAUUCUUCAUUUCGUAAUUGAUUCAUUUAUGCAUCAUUAUGCAUAAUGGCAUAUCUCAAACAGCCGCCUGUUUUGAACUUUUGAGGUUAGAGUGUCAUGAAUGUCUUGUGAACAUGGAUCGGUUGUCCGAGUCUGAAAUUCGCGAUUUAUUAUCACUGGGAAUUCCUAGUGGAAGUGAGUUGAGUGAUUCUGAUGAUGAUAUUACUGAGGAUGAAAUUGUUCAAAUUGAUAAUAUGUGUAAAACAGUGCUUUAUAAAAAAUCAAAUGAUGAAUUUGAUACUCCAGCUUUGGACAGUGUAAAUGAUGUUGAUGAUGUAGGCCUACAAUGUGUUGAUCGCGAAGUUACAAACAUAUUGAAAAAUGAAAAUAUUGAAGCUGAUGAACAUUUAAAUACUGUGCAUAAUACUUAUGUGUAUGAUGAACCAAAUAUAGUAAUUAUUAGGCCCUCUCGAUCACGGGCUAUGAACAAUUUAGGUGAUAAACAAAACUUGACAAGUGAAGUUUUCCAUGAUAUCCCAAACAAUUUGGACAAUGAUGACAUCCGGGAAGAAGAAAAUGUUGCUCCAAACAAGUCAGUGAAAAAGUCUUAUCGUGAUUUGAUGUGGACCAAAGGUAAUAAAGUGUUCUCGAAUGACAAUGAAUUUACUGGAGACACAAAUAUUCCAGAUACUAUACGGCAAUUGAAAACUCCCUAUGGGUUUUUUCGUUAUAUUAUUGAUGAUAGUGUUUUUGAUUUGAUCAUAAGUGAGACAUUGAAAUACAGUUUAUUCAAGGAUAUAAACAAACCUUUCAAAAUUUCAAUGGAUGAACUGAAACGGUACUUUGGGAUAUUGAUAAUGACAAGUAUUGUGAAACUGAACAAUGUAAGAUUGUAUUGGAAUUCUAAUUUGGGAAACCAUAUUAUAAUAAAAGCAAUGACUGUAAAUAGAUUUGAACAAAUAAGAUCUUUUCUCCACUUCAAUGAUUUAACAUCAAUGCCAGAUAGAGACAGUCCUCAAUUUGAUAGACUUUAUCGACUCAGACCAAUAAUUGAACAUUUGAAUGAGAAAUUUUCUUCAAUUCCAAUGGAAGAACACUUCGCUGUCGACGAACAGAUUUGUGCCACGAAAGCUCACCAUCAGAUAAAAACGUACAACCCUAUGAAACCUCACAAAUGGGGUUUCAAAAACUAUGUAUUAUGCGGUGUAUCAGGCUAUGCCUACCGAUUUGAAUUUUAUACUGGACAAGAGAAUAGUGUUAUAAUUGAGCCAGAUCUAGGUGCUUGUGCCAAUAUUGUCAAACGAUUAUCCCUCAUUAUACCUCAUGACAAAAAUCAUAAAUUAUUUUGUGACAACUAUUUCACAACUGUGGGGUUAUUAGUUCAUCUACAUCAAAAAGGUGUAUUGUGUGUAGGAACAAUUCGUAAAAAUAGAUUCCCCAAUUUGAAUUUACCAAAUGAGAAAGAUUUGAAAAAAUCUGGUCGGGGCACUUCUAUAGAACAUUUUUCCAAUGUUGAUGGAACUGAUGUGUCGGUUGUAGGUUGGUUUGAUAAUAAACUUGUUGCGUUAUCAUCCACUUAUGUUGGGGAAAAUCCAAAAGACACUGUAACGCGAUUUGAUCGAAAAAAUAAGAAGAAAAUUGAAAUAGAAAGGCCAGCAAUAGUCAAAGAAUAUAAUAGAUUCAUGGGCGGUGUUGACCUAAUGGACAUGAUUAUGGGCAUCAAUAGGGCAACAAUGAGGACAAAAAAGUGGUACUUCCGCAUAUUCUAUCAUUCAAUUGACAUGUCAAUAAUCAAUGCUUGGCUGUUAUUCCGCAGAGUUUAUGGAAAAUCGAUUACAAUCACUCAUUUCAGAGAGCAGGUGGCUAUAACCCUCUGCAAGUCGGGUGACUUAUCAGAAAAACCCAAGCGUGGGCGUCCUAGUCAGAAAAGUUUAGACCAGCUGAUAUGUAAGAAAAAGCGAGGUCCAAAGCAGCCAGUGCCCACACUUGACACCAGGACUGAUGGCAUUGGACAUAUCCGAAAAUUUCUACCAAACAGGGUUCGAUGUAAGCACCCCAAAUGCAAAAAACAAACAUUCACGUUUUGUGAGAAAUGUGAAGUUUCACUUUGUUCAAAUAAAAAAAACGAUUGUUUUGCAGACUAUCAUUCCUCAUAAAGGAAUAGGCCUCUAUUUGUAUGAAUUUAUUCACUGAUAUGUGCUUAAUUGAGUUUAUUAUUAAAUCCAUCUUUAUGUUCUAAUUGUUAUCUGUGUAUAAGUUAUCUGACUUACAAGAAAUCGAUUCAUAUUUGAAUCACCAUGCAAUGAAAGAAAAAUGUCACAAUCAACUUCAAGUCUCUAUAGUGCAUGGUGAUUCAUUUAUGGAUCAGUUAAUUUUUCCCAAAUUUCUCCCUCAAAAAUUGAA